AUGGAGUUCAUCGUUGGAACAGUCCUCGCUGGCAUCCCUCUUGUUCUUGAGGCUUACGAUCGCUACCGGAAACUCUCAGAAGGUUUCGACACCUUCAGGAAUCAUUCGAGGGAGUUGACUAAAUUGGACACGGUGAUGAAAACGCAGAAGACUCUUUUUAGAGCAAAUGUCAUAAAGUUGAUUACAGAAAUCACAAAUGAUCCAGAAAAGGCUCGGAAUUUGCUCUCUGAAAGCCACAGGGAAAACUUGCAGAAGCUGAAACUCCCCAACGUCAAUGACAGUGCUCGCAUCGACUCACUUCGAGAGAUGUUCAGCACUUGGAAUUCUGUACUUGAGCUUGUCCUCCAUACAGCCACAGCGAUAUGUCUUGAGGUGGAAAGUUUUGGGGCAAGCAGUACAGCAAAACGAUUUCGGCUUUGUUGGAAGAAAGAUGAAGUGCAAACUUCCAUCCGAGAGCUUCGCGACUUCACGGCCGACUUCAACGAAUUAACGACUCGAAUUGUCAAGGAGCUCGAGCAGAUCCGAAACACAAGCCUUCACUCCCAGGGAAUCAUACUGCCGCGGAAAACUAGCCAGAUGAGUGGCCUGGAGAGAUAUCGCCAGAUUCAAUCCGCGGCGUACGAGCUAUAUAAUGUCUUUGCUCUGCAAUGGUCUUGCGCAAGGCAUCAAAGGCAUGCCGCCAGCAUCUCGGUCAUUGAUGAAAGUACCACCCGGAACUUGGGAAAGGGGGAUCGCGGUAUCAAAUUUGAUGUUGCCAUCAACUGCAAGGCUGAUUUACCAGCAGGUCUAGAGACGCCAAUCUGGUUAGAAAUCAAGUCUACCGAUGGAAGCCACCAUGCGAAUUCUAUGGGCAAGACCGGACACAUUGACAUUGAGACUGGUAAUGUCUGGACUAAUGUUAUGGAGAAGUUAACGAAGAAUUCUCAGCCAAUGGUCGUCAGGCACGCUGAAACGGCCCAGAGAAGAGUCAUUGCGAAAGCAGUGCCAGUCCAAUCCCAUGAUGUUGGUCUUGCGUCUGGGAUGAGCGAUUCUAGUAUUAUUCCUGUCAUACAGGGAAUAGCAGAUGACGACUGGGAUGGAGACAGCCUUUCAGCUUCCAUUUUAAACAAAACUAAUAAUCCUCCUUCUUCCGAUGCCAUGAUUGAUCUCAAGAUGAUUAAAAAUUUCUGUUGCCAUAUCCAAGCCCUAGAACCAAAAUGUUCGAAUACCUAUGUCGGCUACAUCCAGGAUCUCGGUCUUCACCGUUUCUAUCUCCCGCCUCCCGAGCGUCGGCCGCCAGAGCAGCAAAAAUCCUUGGCAGAUAUUAUCACCUGGGUGUCAGAAAACGAGCUAUUUCGCGAUCUACCCAGAACAGCAGUCGCCCAUAUCGCCAGCUCCCUCGCGGCUGCCGUCCUGCAAUAUCACUCUACACCAUGGCUUCCAGAUAGCUGGCAGAGCAGUCAGAUCCACUUUUUCGGGGUUGGAGAGCUUUCAGAGGGCACUGAUGGAAUCUCAUCCACAACUCCAUACUUCAGGGUCGAAUUUCCAGAGCCGGACGAAGAAAAAGGUCGGCUCAUGACAGCAGUGGCUGCUAGUCAAGCCUUCACGGCUGCUAGCACAACUUCCGCGAGUUCGAUUACUACUGCUCAUGCUCCUGGCACUACCUCUGUAGCUCUUGCUCGGAAUGAGCUCCUCUUUCGUUUUGCCAUCGUCCUCCUUGAGUUGGGAUAUGGUCAGUUAUGGCCACAGCUUCGGCAACGGGCUCUUACGACCCUGCCACCGCAAAGGAACACUGAUUAUCAUGCCGCUGAAAAACUUGCCCAGGCGCCAUAUUUGCGCAAUCGUAUGGGGCCCAAAUUCAUAACAAUUGUGCGCAAGUGCCUGGGGUGCGACUUUGGGCUAGGGGAGAAUGAUCUAGCGAAUGAACAGCUUCAAGGCUUGUUCCUUGUGGAUGUAGUUAGGGAGCUGCAAGCGAUAGAAAAAGGCUUAAAAGAAUUAGAACAGCAUUCAGGAAAGUGA